AUGGCUGGCCGGAUCCUGGAGAUUCUGGAGGAGCUUCCAAAAGAAGAAUUAAAAAAGUUCACAUUUUAUUUGAAUGAAGAGGUGCUGGAAGGAUAUUACAGCUGCCGCAUUCAGAGUACCCCUCCAGGCUACAGCUGUCCCAUUCAGGGUACCCCACCAGACUACAGCUGCCCCAUUCAGGGUACCCCACCAGACUACAGCUGCCCCAUUCAGGACUACAUCUGCCCCAUUCAGGGUCCCCCUCCAGACUACAGCUGCCCCAUUCAGGGUCCCCCUCCAGACUACAGCUGCCCUAUUCAGGGUCCCCCUCCAGACUACAGCUGCCCCAUUCAGGGUCCCCCUCCAGACUACAGCUGCCCCAUUCAGGGUCCCCCUCCAGACUACAGCUGCCCCAUUCAGGGUCCCCCUCCAGACUACAGGUGCCCCAUUCAGGGUCUGCCUCCAGACUACAGCUACCCCAUUCAGGAUACCCCUCUAGACUACAACUGCCCCAUUCAGGGUCUGCCUCCAGACUACAGCUACCCCAUUCAGGAUACCCCUCUAGACUACAUCUGCCCCAUUCAGGGUCUGCCACCUGACUACAUCUGCCCCAUCCAGGGUACCCCUCCAGACUACAGCUGCCCCAUUCAGGGUCCCCCUCCAGACUACAGCUACCCCAUUCAGGGUACCCCUCCAGACUACAGCUACCUCAUUCAGGGUAUCCCUGCAGACUACAGGUGCCCCAUUCAGGAUACCCGUCUAGACUACAAUUGCCCCAUUCAGGGUCCCUCUCCAGAGUAUAGCUGCCCCAUUCAAGGUAUUUCUCCAGACUACAGCUGCCCCAUUUAG